AUGGUGAAAGUUAGUGCUUAUUCGCUUAGUAAGAAAACGAAAGCAGAACUAGAAAAAGAAUUAGAAGAAUUAAAGCAAGAACUUUUAACAUUACGUGUUCAAAAAAUUUCAGGUGGAGCUGCUUCAAAAUUAGCAAAAAUCUCGGAUGUUCGCAAAUCUAUUGCUAGGGUUCUUACAGUAAUUAAUUUGAACCAACGGAAGCAACUUCGAAUAUUUUAUAAAAAUAAGAAAUAUAUUCCGCUAGAUUUGCGUCCUAAAAAGACUAAAGCAAUGAGAUUAGCAUUAACAUGUCAUGAAAGAUCCUUAAAGACUUUGAAAGAAAGAAAAAAACUUAAGUAUUUUCCUAAAAGAAUAUAUGCUUUGGAGGUUAUUUUUUUAAGAAAUUAUAUUAAUACUGAUAUUGUUGUUAUAGGCACAGCUUAA